AACCGUACAUGUUCUUGUGAAGGUGCCACACUUGCGAGCUUUUUUUUCCUUUUUUAAAAAUUGUUGCGUUCGUUUAGUGCCAGUGACCAAAUUGACGUAUAAAAUUUAAUGAUGCCAGCUCUCAAAAGACGUUAUUGGAUUAUGGCUACCAUCACCAUCGCGGCAGUACUUCUAGGAAUCAUCCUAUAUUUUGUAUUAGUACCAGAGGAUGCCCCCAUCACGAGAAAGAAACCUCACAUUAUCAUCAUUAUGGCGGACGACUUGGGCCGCAACGACGUAGGUUUCCACGGCUCCAACCAAAUCCCAACCCCUAACAUAGACGCCCUAGCAUACAACGGCAUCAUCUUAGACAAAUUCUACACCCAGUAUGCUUGCACCCCUUCAAGAGCAGCCCUCCUCACCGGAAACUACCCCCUAAGGUACGGCAUUCACGGUUCUCCAAUCCGAGCCGGCCAAAACCGAUCUCUACCCGAAGACGUGACAAUAAUGCCCGAACAUUUGAAAAAACUAGGCUACAAAACACAUCUAGUGGGUAAAUGGCAUCUAGGGGCUGCUUACAAGAAGAGCACCCCUUUGAGAAGAGGGUUUGAUACCCAUUUUGGGUACUGGCAUGGGUUUGUGGGUUAUUUUGACUACACGGCUAUAUAUGAAUUGACAAAUGAAACGAAUGCGAAAGGGUUGGAUGUGCAUGAUGGGUUCCAACCCGUGUGGUCGGCCCAAGGAAAAUAUGCGACUGAGUUGUUUACUGAGAAGGCUAUAGAGGUGAUAGAUGGGCAUGAUGGGGACGAACCGUUGUUUUUGUUUUUGGCGCAUUUGGCACCACAUACUGGGACCGAUGGAACUGAGUUGGGGGUGCCUAAUAGUACCUUGAGUGAUAUUAAAUAUGAAUAUAUCAAAGAUCCGAGGCGAAGACUCUAUGCAGAUGUGGUAAACUUGAUGGAUGAGUCUGUAGGCAAAGUUGUCGAAAAGUUAUCCGACAAGAAUAUGUUACAAAACUCCAUUAUCCUGUUCCUGUCUGACAAUGGUGCCCAAACUGUGGGUGUUUACGAAAAUUCCGGAUCCAACUGGCCUCUACGAGGGUUAAAAUUGACUGAAUUUGAAGGUGGCGUGAGGGCGGCAGCGGCCAUAUUUAGCCCCCUGUUUGAAAAAAGUGGCUAUGUCAAUAAAGAAUUGAUACAUUUGACGGAUUUGCUGCCCACUUUUUUUGCAGCCGCUGGUGGAGAUCCUGAAACGCUUGGUACUAUAGAUGGCAUUAACCAAUGGGACACUCUCUCCAAGAACUUAUCAACCAAUCGUACUGAAGUACUUUUGAAUAUAAACGAAGUUGAAAAUGCGUCUGCUAUUAUAACGACUAACGGCCGCUACAAAUUUCUUCAAGGUACUUACAAUUCGGGUUUUUACGACCACCAUUACGGAGAUAGUGGACGAGGACCUGAAGUACCACCAUUCUCUGUUAAUACAAUUUUGGAAAGUAGUACUUAUGAGGCAAUUCGUGGCAUAGUUGCUGCACCUUUAACCAACGACAAAGUUAAGGAACUGAGGGCCCAAACUGAUUUGUCUUGGUGUAGAAAUGACAACGAAACGUACCCAAUGGAUUGUAGGAAAGGGUGCCUAUUUAAUUUGGAUGAAGACCCGUGCGAAAUUACCAACAUUAUUGAAACAGAAAAAGAGAUAGAAGGAAAAUUAAGAGGAAGACUUGAUGAUUUUAAAAAAGUAAUGGUACCACAACCGGAAGAAGUGUUUGAUGAGGCUUCUAAUCCCAUUUUUUAUAAUAAUACGUGGUGUACGUGGCUAGACGAUGACUUGUGUUUCAAAACACCUAAGCUACAAAAAUAAAAGUAAAAAUUAAAUAAAGUAUUUGUGUACAAAUAUAUGACACUUGUUUGUUGAAAGACCACGUUUUCAAUUAUUUAUAAUAUAAACUGCAUCGUUUAUCCACUUUUGCUACAAGAACGACAUCUAUAGGUCAUUAAACUUGUCUUAUUUUUGUAUCAGGUAGGAAAACAUUAUCAUAUCAUCAAUUAUCACAAGCAGGUGGUUUUUAUCAAUCUAAUAAAAAGUUCUGUUUGUGUUGUUGCUUACUGUACACGAGAUAAUAUGGAAAAUUUAAAGAAAAAAGUAAUGGUGCACAAGUUGAGAUGUUUUGUGUGUUGUGGAGCGAUGACUGGGAAGACUUUGAUGUGCAAAAAUGGCCACACACUGUGCGAAAAUUGUGGGAAAAAAAAUAAAAAUUGUCUCGUAUGCAACGAAAAAAUUAUAUCUAAAAGCAACCUCUUGUUCGAUGUCAUGAAGACAUUUUUGGGUGAUGACACUGACGACAAACGUGAUGGGAAGAAAAUGUAAAAAAAUCGGGGACAGUCGUUAUUGUUUAUGGUGUUAUAUCUGAUUUUUGACAUGUAGAGUUUUUUUGAA